AUGCAAACAAUUUCUAUAACUAAUGACCCAAAUGAAAUGUGGGAUGAAUGGAAACACAUAUUUCUUACGGUGGCAGAUAGGCAUGCACCACCGAUUACUAAAAAAGUAAGAAGUGAAUAUGCUCCAUGGAUUACCAGUGAAAUUAAAAAUAUGAUGCACCGUAGGGACUUCUUGAAAAGAAAGGCAGUAAAAACUGGAUCUAAACAAUUUCAUGACGCUUUUACCAAAGCACGAAAUGAGCUUAACAAAUUGAUUAAAAGAACAAAGACAGACUAUUUUACAAAUACUCUUAACAACUGUGAAAAUAAUCCAAAACAGAUGUGGAAAACAAUUAAUAAGCUUACCAAUAAAAAUUCGAAAACGACUAUUAUCACAGAAGUUAAGCACGAAAGCCAAAGUGCUACAGAUGUCUCUUCUAUAACAAAUAUCUUUAAUACAUAUUUCAAUGAAAUCGGAAUGAAUUUAGCGAGCAACAUGGAGCAAUCUACAAGGUCACCCGAGACAUAUCUUUCGAGCUGCAAUUCACAAUUUCAGAUACAGAAUGCUACUGUAAUAGAAGUUCAUAAAAUACUGUCUUCUAUUAACGUUUCUAAGUCAACAGGGCACGAUGGAAUAUCUAAUAAACUUCUAAAAGAUUCAGCUGAUAUAGUAUCUUACUCUCUUUCAUUAAUAUUCAACACAUCCAUAAACACAGGUAUAUUCCCAAACGAUUUCAAAACAGCAAUAAUCUCACCAAUACACAAAGCAGGAUGCAAAACUGAAUGCAAUAACUAUAGGCCAAUCUCAAUCCUAUCUAGCGUUGCCAAAAUUUUUGAAAAACUUAUUACCCAACAACUGGAAACUUAUCUUGAAACGAAUGGGUCACUUGUACAACAACAAGCUGGUUUUAAAAAGAAACACU